AGACUGCAGAGGCACGUCGACGCCGCAAAUGCCGCCGCCAAAGCCAACUCUGAUGCAGCCACGGGCAUGGCUUGUGCUCGCCGCCAUGCUUUGGGUUGCCGCGUUCGUCUCCCCACCGUGCGAUGCACAGCCGAUCAAAGCUUCUCAAGCGGCAUUUCUCCGAGACUGCCAAAAGGCAUGGGGUAUGACGUUCCCAGGCUGGGCCGUUGGAGGUGACUGUAGCAGUGCUGUAGGACUCACCUGUGACGAAUCAGGCAUGAUUACCAACAUAUAUUUGAGAAAAUCAGUUAUUGGAGGGUCUAUUCCUGAUAGCAUCUCCUCACUCAAUUCUCUUAUGAGUCUAGAUAUGUCGGGCUGUGAGCUCAAUGGGCUUAUUCCAGCUGGGAUUGGGAACCUCACUUCAUUGCAGCACAUAAAUUUGUUUGACAACCAGCUUUCUGGGCCUAUUCCAGUUGAAUUUGGAAACCUCACCAAUUUGUCUCGGCUGGCUCUGUCGGACAAUAAGCUUACUGGAUCUAUUCCAGCGGGACUGGGAAGCCUCAUCGCACUACAAUAUUUGCUUCUCUCGAACAACGCUUUGACGUUCUCCAUUCCCGACAACCUCUCCUCGCUUGUUAAUCUCAAUUUUAUAGAUAUCUCAAACAAUGCUUUGACGGGCUCCAUUCCGAACUGUUUGUGCUCGUGUGGUGAUGUCGACGAAUACACCUUUUAUCUGAAUCUCUCAAGCAAUGCUUUGACGGGCUCCAUUCCCAGCAACACCUUCUCACAUUUUGAUCUCCGUUAUCU